GACCAAGUCAGUCCAUGACGCGCGUAUCGCUCACCUGGCAAUAUAUUUUCAUUGUUGUUGUUGUUGUUGUUUUGUUGUUUUGUUUUUUUCUUCCAGAUUUUUUGUUCCUAUUUAGAAUAAAAACAUCCAUCCUGAUCUCAAGGCAGAAAUAGGGGUUGAAGCAGGAGGUCGACGCCCGCCGUACAAUUCAGUAUCAGUGUCCACAUUGGCUUUAUUAAUUUGUGUUUUGGGAUCUUGCGCACCGAGUGUCCGGGAUUUGAGUCAUGGCAGAGGAGUGAGGCGCCUUUUGCCAAAAUGCCUGUUAACUGGAAUAUAACUUUUUCACGGCGGUCCUAUGGAAUAUAGUCCGAUUUUACACAGCCUACAUGUUGUGCCAUCAUCCCACGUGAAAAAUAAACUAUUUGUGUUCUGCAUAAUGCUGUCCCUCUGGGUGUAUAUGAUUUAUUGUUGUGUUGGCUACUGCUCAACUGUGCCAACCCUGGCGUACGGCUCGGUGAACAGGCACGAAAACGGUGCAGAAGUUGACAAUCAGGAGUCGUCUCUCGGGGCGUCCAGGGACUUGCUGAAUAACGAAAACGAUUUGGACAGCAGAGGAGAGGAGUGGGAUGAAAUUAGAGGCGAGGCGAAGGCGCUGGAUGAUAAUGCCAUGUCAAGUUUUCUCAAUGAGUCGGAAAGUAAAAAGUUGCCCCAGGCGAUCAUCAUCGGGGUGAAGAAAGGAGGGACCCGGGCGCUGCUGGAGUUCCUCCGCCUGCACCCAGACAUCAGAGCGGUGGGAGCUGAGCCGCACUUCUUUGACCGCAACUACGACAAGGGACUGGAGUGGUACAGGGAAUUGAUGCCCAAGUCAUCAGAGGGCCAACUGACCAUGGAGAAGACUCCCAGCUACUAUGUCACAAAGGAGGUCCCUGCUCGAAUCUACACCAUGUCUAAAGACACAAAGCUGAUUGUAGUCGUCCGGGAUCCUGUCACCCGAGCCAUCUCAGACUACACUCAGACUCGCUCCAAGAAGCCGGACAUCCCCUCUUUCGAGAGCCUGACCUUUAAGAACAUGUCAGCAGGUCUGAUUGACACCACAUGGAGUGCCGUUCAAAUUGGCAUGUAUGCUAAGCACCUUGAGCGCUGGCUCCAGUACUUCCCCAUGGAGCAGCUGCUAUUUGUUAGUGGAGAGCGUCUGAUUAGCGACCCCGCAGGUGAGAUGGCUCGCGUCCAGGACUUUCUUGGACUCAGGAGGGUGGUCACGGAGAAGCAUUUCCACUUUAACCCGGCAAAGGGCUUCCCCUGCCUUAAGAGACCUGAGGGGAACAGCAAACCACACUGCCUGGGCAAAACCAAAGGCAGGACCCAUCCUAAUAUUGACCCAGAGGUGGUGCAGAGGCUAAGGGACUUUUAUAAACCCUUUAAUAACAAGUUUUACCAGAUGACUGGUCAUGACUUUGGCUGGGACUGACAGGAAACUAUGAUAACAAACUCAUGCUGGGCCCUUGUAUGUGUUUUUUAUAAUGUUAUUACUCUGGAGAUAUUGUUAUACAGUGUAUGUACAGUAUUUGGUGGAUGUGUAAAAAGUUCAAAAGUCUAUUUUAUGAUAAUUUAUUGUUAUGAUAUUAACUCACUAAGCUGCCUAACCAGGUAUAUUAAUGAUCCUCCACACACAGUUUUAAUUCUAAAACAUGAACAAUUUUCUGCAAGCACAAUGUUCUUACGGGUAUUAUGAGCAGGGUCAGUAUCUUUUUUUUUUUGCCAGGACAUUUCUUUUUUGCCAGGACAUUUUUUUUGGCUUAAUGUGGAUAGCCCCUUCUUCUUCUUUUACUUUUCCAAAUGCUGCUCUUGCUUCACCUUUUAAGCUGAAUGAGAUCCAACUUUACAAACAACUGUUAAUAUCCCCUUAACAUUUGCCUGACCCUCAGAGGUCUGUGGACCCACUUAGUCAGGUCGAUACGGGCCUCAGCUGAUCCAGUGCCACUUGCCAGGUGGAUCAAUACAGUAAUAGCUCCUCAUCAAGUCAAUUAGACCUGAGUGAUGGCACUGCCUUGAUCUCUCGAGCACCGUAAUAAAACAUGGAUCCAUUAAUGGUAGCAAGUUUAUGGUUGACCCUUGAGCCAACUUCAAGUUAAUAUAAUAAUAUGAAUUUCCACUGCAAUAUUUUGACUUAACCACUAUGUGUACCGUUUCUCCAGAGGAAUGUUGAUUAGGAUCCAAUAGAAGGUCCUGUCUCAAUACUUUUGGGAUGUUUCUGAAAUGGCUCUCAUUGAUCAUCCUGUACAGCUUUUUUUUUUUUUUUUUAUUAAAGGUGAUACUAGAUGUGUUAAUGAUGCCCUUAUCCAUGAUACAUCAACUGACGGAAAUAAGCAUUUCUCUAAAUCUUUGUAGCUUACUUUCAGUGAUAGCUGGAGAGAAUUAAAAUAAACCUAUUGUGGGCCAAAAUGUCUCAUUUAAAAUUCAUGUAUGGUUGAGUUUUAGUCAACCUUUAUACAUUUGUCAGCAUUUUAUCAGACUUCAUUCGAUAAUGAUGUACUGCAACCCCGCUGUUAUAGAGGCACUAUUUUGCUGUAUGCAUUGCUUUACAAACAUGGAAAUGAAGCAGGUUUGACUGAGUUGAUUAAAAGGUGCAGUCAUGUCAUUUUU